UGGCGGCGGCGGCGCGUUCCCUGCUGGGCGCAGGGCGGGCGGGGUGUGCGGGUCGCGCUGCUGCCGGGCUCUGCUGCUGCAGCGUCUCCAGAGCGAGUCCCCAUUGCACGGUGGCCCCCCAGCAGCAGCAGCCGCCGCCCCCUGCGCCCACCCCGGACAUGAAGAGCUACCUGUGGGCGCGCUACAAGGAGGCCAAGAAAGUGACCAAGGACUUGGUUCCUUCAAUUAUGAGUAAUUUGCUGAAUCCAGAUGCUAUUUUUACCAACAAUGAAAUGAGUCUAUCAGACAUUGAAAUCUAUGGCUUUGAUUAUGACUACACAUUGGUCUUUUAUUCCAAACAUCUGCACACUUUGAUCUAUAAUGCUGCCCGAGAUCUUCUCAUUAAUGAGCAUCGGUAUCCCGCAGAAAUAAGGAAGUAUGAUUAUGACCCCAAUUUUGCAAUAAGAGGACUUCAUUAUGAUGUACAUCGGGCAUUAUUGAUGAAGAUUGAUGCUUUUCACUAUAUUCAAUUGGGAACAGUAUACAGAGGCCUCAGUGUCGUCCCAGAUGAAGAAGUCAUUGCAAUGUAUGAUGGUUCCCAUGUCCCCUUGGAACAAAUGAGUGACUUUUAUGGAAAGAGUUCACAUGGAAAAACAAUGAAGCAGUUCAUGGAUAUAUUUUCAUUACCAGAGAUGACUCUCCUCUCUUGUGUGAAUGAAUAUUUUCUGAAAAACAACAUAGAUUAUGAACCUGUUCAUUUGUACAAAGAUGUCAAGGAUUCAAUCAGAGAUGUCCACAUCAAAGGAAUAAUGUACAGAGCAAUUGAAGCAGAUAUUGAUAAGUACAUCUGCUAUGCUGAGCAGACCCGUGCAGUGUUAGGAAAGCUGGCUGAUCAUGGCAAGAAGUUAUUUCUCAUCACAAACAGUCCCAGUAGCUUUGUGGACAAAGGUAUGAAGUUCAUCGUUGGAAAGGACUGGAGGGAUCUCUUUGAUGUAGUCAUUGUACAGGCUGACAAGCCAAAUUUCUUCAAUGAUAAGAGAAGACCUUUUCGGAAGGUGAAUGAAAAGGGAGAGUUGCUUUGGGACAAAAUUCAUAAAUUGCAGAAAGGCCAGAUUUACAAACAGGGUAACUUAUAUGAAUUUCUGAAGCUUACUGGCUGGAGGGGUUCCAAAGUUCUGUAUUUUGGUGACCACAUUUACAGUGAUCUGGCAGAUUUGACCCUGAAGCAUGGCUGGCGUACAGGUGCAAUUAUUCCAGAGUUACGAUCGGAGAUUAAAAUCAUGAACACAGAGCAGUACAUUCAAACCAUGACUUGGCUACAAACCCUGACUGGAUUAUUGGAACAUAUGCAGAUUUACCAAGAUCCAGAUUCACAAAUGAUUUUACAGGAAUGGAAAAAGGAAAGAAAAGAAAUGAGGGAAGUGACCAGAAACUUCUUCAACUCGCAAUUUGGGGGCUUAUUCAGGACUGACCAGAAUCCAACCUAUUUCUUAAGGCGUUUAUCUCGAUUUGCUGAUAUUUACAUGGCAUCGCUGAGCUGUCUAUUGAACUAUGAUCCCAAUUACACAUUUUAUCCAAGGAGGACUCCUUUGCAGCAUGAACUCCCUACCUGGUCAGACCAACUGUGCACUGGUACAUUCAGAAUACCCUUCCUGCAAGAGAUGGUUCAGAACAAAUGAGCUUUGGGUUUGUACCUGGGUUAUUUUAUAGCACCCCAAAUGGAUGAAUAUACCCAUCAGUAACUACCAGAAGGUAGAUUGAUUUUUUUUAAUCAUGGAGUACGUUUAUGUAUCUUGAUCCAGUUACUGGACUUCUGUCCUGAUAGAGCAAGAAUAGAUAUAUAACUUGUCCCUCCUCCCCUGUAUUACUCCUGGGGGAAUUCUGUGCCAAAAACUUAAAAGUCAUGCACACAGUAUAAUCACACCGGUUUCCAUCAUUUUGGUAAUUUAUUUCAAAAUACCUGUCAGCAAAUAUGUCUGUAACAAUACAGACAACAAAAAAGAUUCAG